GAAUGAUAGCUAUCUUUGCUGUUCAAACUCUAUAUUCAAACUUCAUUCUGAACUUUGGUAUCUGCACAUGUAGAAUACUUUCUGUCCAUUACUUACCUCUCUCACCUGAAUACCAACAACAAGGGCUUGUGAUCAAAGUUCCCUUCCUCACUCCUCUGUGUUUGUCUGACACCUCCAUUGUUCACUGGACUUUCCUGACUAGCAACAACUGUUUGAUUCUCCCUCUGCACUUAUCAGAUUGUCUAACAACUUCCUUGUUACUCUCCACUAUACACAAAUGUAUGGCAAGUGCAAAAACAAUUCUAGCCAUUUCACAUGAACAAGGCUACAAACCCUGAAACAAUGCACAUCAGAACUUCCUUUUUGCUGCUUUGCAUGAAUAACUUGCAUCAUGAUAGUCUAUUUGCAGAGACCAGUGGUAGUCAUCCAUCAUGUUUAUGUUCCACUUGCCUUGAUACCUAGUCUCCAUGGUUUCAAUGUCUUGGUGGAAUCUUUCUCACUUAUGGCACUAUGAUUUUUAGGGAAGUAGUGCACAUUACUGUGCAGGAAAUGCACUUUUAGGCUCAUGUUGCAGCCCAGUGCUCAAAAAUUGAUUAGGAGGGUCUGCACAAGUUCAUAAUUUGAUGACUUCCUGUUUCUAAGGAAAUCAGAUACAACUGCAGCAAAUGCAUUCCAUGUUUCUUUUUCAAUGCUAUACAUGGUCUCCAAAAACUGCUUGUUCUGCAACAGCCACCUAAUCUGUGGCCCAUCAAACACACCAGCCUUAGUUUUCUCACAAGACAAAACUGGAAACUUUCUGCUUAAGUAUUUGAAUCAGUCACUGUCUCAGUGUUUCAGCACAUUCUAAACAUUAUACAGGGUGCCCAGGUUUUGUCUUGAUGACCCAGUCACACACCAAAAUGAUCCAGCCCUGAACUGAAAGCCUAUAUCCAGUUAUGAAUACGAAAAACAUAGGAGUGCAAACAAGAGAUCCUUCGGCUCCAUGCACACCACUUCUAAACAACUGGAAACGAGAAAAUAUUUUUCCGGCUGCUUUAAAAGAAGUUUAUGUAAUUUUUCGAUAUGGAUCUGAAAGUAAACAGAGCUUCCGCAAUGCCUGGGUUUUACAGCAAAAAAUUAUUCAGAAUUAUGGUGGAAAAUUUAUUGGAUUUUCAGAUCAAAUUACGAACUUGGAGAAUUCUGAAUGGCCAAAUAACCACUGUAUUGUUAUACUCUGCUUCCUAAGCCUUGAGCAAGCAAUACGUUGGAUUAACAGUGAUCGAAUAUUUAAACAACAGGAUAUGGAAUAUGAAGCAUAUGUUGUCCCUUUACAAUAUAUUCCUGAUUUGGCUUAUACCACAUUUAUGCUAAUGGAAGUUGAAGUACAGUUUCCAGAUGAAUUAAUUACCAAGUUUGAGAAAGAGUAUGUCAGGCCUGCGGCAGCCAUUAUGGAUAAAUUUGAAGUUGCUCAUGGUGUUGUUGCCUCUAAUGACAUUCAUCAGUUUAGACAAACUACCUGGGAUAUCCAGGGCAAAACUAUAGUAAUCCACCAGUUCAAGUCAGACAGUCAUUUUAAUGAUUUUUACCGAAGUGAUGAAUACCAAAACUUAAUUGAUGUCAGAAAAAGCUUGUACCAUUCAAAUGUGAUUAUGUUCACCCUUAUCAAUGACCCUCCUUUGUUUACUAAGGGUUAGGUUUUACUAAUGUGAUGCUUCAAGUUGUUCAUUAGUUGCUUCCAUGCUGCUUGAGUUUCUGAGAAUUCUUCCUCGAUGUUCCAAUUGAAAAACUGUUGCUCCUGUCUGUUUAUUUGCGACUUAGAGCUAGAACUGUAAAAAGUCAGCUAAAAUAAAAUUUGAAUGAAAGAUUUUAAAAGUUUACUUUG